GUGAAAGUAGACAUUAUCACGUUGUAUAUUUCACUGCAAGGCCACAACAAGGAGAGAGAGAGAGAGAGAAAAUGUACAGAAGCGGCCAAAGUAUGGAAGACAUACAUAGAAAAUUAGCAAAUGAACAUUCAGAGUCUGAUGAAACACCUGAUUCACAGGAUCUGAGGAUUGUGUUAUUAGGAGUCUGUGGAGCUGGAAAGAGUGCAACAGCAAAUGCAAUACUGGGUCGAGAGGCAUUUAAAGAGAGCGGAACCAGAGAGAGUGAGAUGCAGAGAGGGAGAGUAGAAGACAGAAACAUCUCCAUCAUCGACACGCCAGGAUUCUUCAACACUCAACUGACUGAUGAAGAGCUGCAGGAGCAGAUGAUGAAGAGUUUGCAUCUCUCUCGUCCUGGUCCUCACAUGUUCCUGCUCGUCAUCAACCUGGAGACCUUCAGAGAGGAGCAGAGGAACAUUAAGGAGCAAAUUCAGAAGGUCUUUGGAGCACGAGCCAUGAAGUUUACAACGGUGCUGUUUAUUGGAAGAGAAAAAGUCUCCAGAAGAGAAUGGGUUGAAUUCAUUGAGAGUGAAAAUAUUGCAGAGCUGCUGAACUACUUUGAAAGAAGAUUUCAUGUGAUAAACAGCAAAAAUGAAUGUGAUCCCUACCAGAUCACAAUGCUCUUAAAGAGUAUUGAUGAAAUGGUUAAGAACAAUGGAGGACAAAACUACAGCAAUGAGAAGGAGGCUGCAGACCAGAAACAGAUGGAAAGACUGAUACAAGAGAUUGCUAGAGAAAGUUUGCAUACAAAGGCCGAUCUCAGGAUUGUGCUGUUGGGUAAAACUGGAACAGGAAAGAGUUCAGCAGGAAACACCAUCAUCGACAACUUUGUGUUUAAGACUGGUAUGUCAUCUAAGUCUAUUACUAAUCAGUGUCAAAAACAUCUGACAACAGUGGAGGGUAGAAACAUCUCAGUGAUCGACACUCCAGGACUGUUUGAUACGUCCAUGAGUAAAGAAAACCUGAAAGCUGAAAUAGUGAAGUGCGUCUACAUGUCUGCUCCUGGUCCUCAUGUAUUUCUGCUGGUCAUGAGACUGGACAUGAGAUACACAAAUGAAGAGAAAGACACAGUGAAAUGGAUUCAGGAGAACUUUGGAGAAGAAGCUUCUCGAUACACAAUCAUUCUGUUCACUAGAGGAGAUCAGCUGAAGGGAAAAACAUUAGAUGAUUAUAUCAGUGAAAAUAAUGAUCUCAAGGCUCUUGUUAAUAUGUGUGGUGACAGAUCUCAUUUAUUCAAUAAUGAAGACAUGAAGAAGCACUCUCAGGUCACUGAACUGCUGGAGAAGAUUGAGAAGAUGGUGAAGGAGAAUGGAGGACAGCACUACACUAACGAGAUGUAUAGAAAAGCUCAGGAAAAAAUUGAAUGGGAGGCUCAGAAACAAAGAGCAAAACGUUAUGGAAGAACAGCACUAGAAGUAAUAGGAGGGGGAGCAGUAGUAGUAGGAGCAGGAACAGUAGUAGGAGGAGCAGGAGCAGUAGCAGCAGCAGCAGCAGCAGCAGCAGGGCGAGCAGCAACAACAGUAGCAGCAGCAGUAAUAGGAGCAGCAAAAGCAGGCUUGAAACUGUAACGCACAGUUACUCUAAAUGACAAAAAAAGAAAAUAAAUAUCCUGCUGAUAGCUGCGUGGGGAGCACACCACGUGGCACAGUUGUGCUACCCGAGUUUGAGUCCUUUGCCAGUUCUGUCCUUCUCUCUCCUGCUUCGCUUCCUGUCAAAUGCUUUCCAGUCCAAAUAAAUGUCAAACAUUAAUAUGCUGUUUCUAAA